UUUAACGAGUGUAAAUGCCUGAAACUAUACGCCUAUGGUUGUUUAUUUAUAUUUUAUUUAUACUGUAUGGUAGAUGGCUUUCGAUACAAUACUUCGCAUAUAAUCCGUCGGUGUGUUAAAAUUCACAGUUCCCUCAUGAAAACAUUUUUUACGCUUUCAUUUUCGCUUCAGUAUCAGUUUCUCAGGUAAAAGACUAACAGCUCGCGUUUAUCGGCCAACGGUUUCUCUCAGUUGUGUUUGUUGGUCAGUCUCAGACAUGGCAGAGGGACUCAGAUCAAUGGAGAUUGGCGAAUAUGACUUAUAUACAGCAGGCGAUAGAGACUCUAGGUCACGUUUGGCAGACUGGAAGCAUCUAAACUUCAUUAUGGAUCGGCCAAACUUACUGCUAGAAGAGGAUCUUUAUACGGCUGGUGAGGAAAGGCCCAAACCUUCAGCACCAUUGGAUAUUGGUAAAUUAAUGAUCAAAGUGGACUGGACAGAAGCAUUUCCAGACAGAUGGAGAGCAAGAUUACAGAUCGCCCUUCAGACAUGGUUGUCAAAACUAGAAGAAAAUGCAACAGUCCACAGUAUAAAGCUCAUGAAUGAUCCGUCAUUUGCAGAAGUGCAGAUAACUCCAUCAACAGCUCUAGAAGCUUUAAAAAAGCUGAAGUUUAUACCUCUGUGGUUUAAAAACGAAAACAAGGACGUGGCUGCGUGGAUCUGUCAGGAUGAAGCAACUUAUGUGAAUGAACCACAGAAGUCCUUGCUGGAGGAGAACAGAGCUACUUUACUAGAGCAGGACAUUUAUACGGCUGGUGAUGAAAACCCUCCAGCACCAUUGGAUAUCGGUAAAUAUAAAAUCCAAGUGGACUGGGCUGAAGCAUUUCCAGACAGAUGGAGAGCAAGGUUACAGAUCGCCCUGCAGAUCUGGUUGUCCAAACUGGAAGAAGCGCCAGUUAUUCACAGCAUUAAACUCAUGGAUGACCCGUCGUGUGCAGAAGUGCUGAUAACUCCAGCGACACCUCUAGAGGUUUUGAAAAACCACACAGCUACACCUUUAAAGUUUAAAUAUUAUGAGGAAGGUAAACAAAAGAAAGUGACGGCACGUAUUUAUCUGGAUGAACCACAUACCUUCCUGCCAGAGAAGAUCAGAGCUCCAUUACAACAGGUGAACAAGGCUGUGUCUGGGACAUCUGAAGAAGCAAAUAAAGUCGAGGAUAUCGCUGCAUGUAAUAAAUCUCAAACUGAGACCAAUAAAACAGCUAAAGUGACCCCUGAGACAUCAUCUCAACUGAUUCUCCCGCUCCAUCUGUCCUGGUACAUCUAUAAUGCUUACCAAAAUGAGUUGGAAUCAAUUGGGAAACGGCAUGGAGUUACUUUUUUUGCAGAUGUGUCAAUCUCAAUCAGACCUGCAGAGAACCCAGGCCCUGAUUAUAUUUCUAAAGCCACUGAAGACUUUCAGAAACUUGCUCAGGGAUGUGCGGAUAGUUUUAGUUAUGCUAGAGUUCAUCAUAAUGACAUGGAUUCAGAAAUUGUGAAAAAUACCAUUGAAUCCAUCAAGUCACAGAAGACAAAGCUGAUGUUCACUCUGACUGAAAGUAAUGGCCUGUUUUUAGGACCAAAGAAAUUCACAGACAUGAUUGAAGAAAAAACAAGAAGAGAAGAAACACAGUCCAAAAACAGAGCAAUGCCAACAGACGUAGAUGCUUACCCAAUAGAUGAAGACAGCAGUUUUCCCCCUCAAAGCCGACCUUCACUGCACAUGAGCACACAGGAUCUUCCAACUCAACUUGAGAUGGACAAGGUUCACUGGGAUCUGAUGAAGCUUUCCUGUGAGGAACAAUUAUCAGAGCUUGAAGCCAAAUAUGGGGUGUCAUUUAAUGCAGAUCUUCAGAAGAAUGUUGUUAAGGUUCAGGCUCGAUCUAAAGGUGUUCAGCAUGUGAAUCUUGAAGGUCACGCGGUCAGAGCUUUAACACACCUCUACCAGAAACUGGCGUCAGCAGCAGUGAGCUGUGAACUCAGAAAGUCUGCAGAUCAAACUGAUGUGAGUUCAGCGGUGGAGAAGCUUCAGCAGCGUUACUGUGUUGUAGCAGCAGAGAGAUUGAGCCGCUGGAGACUCGCUGGACUGCCAGAACACCUCGGUCCUGCUAUUGCUGAAACUGAGAAGAUUCUUCAGAGGAAAGUGUUUGAUGAAGAGAUGACGAAAUCGAUUGGUUACUCAGAGAACACUCCUUAUUCUAGAGGAACCAAGAUCGAACUGAUGCCUGAUUAUGGAGCAAGAGGAGCGGGAGGACCAAAACAGGAUGAACGUGUGAAUCCAAAGUCUAAACAUGUCAUUGAAGAGACUGGAAAUCUUCUGUCCAACGUCAAACCAACGGUUGGAGAGCUGUGGUCUAGUCUUCAUCAGAGAGGGGCUGCUCCUCAAAAUCCUCCCGGUUUCCUCGCUCCUCCGUCCUCCGUCCUACGACCUGGGAUCCAAUCGAAAUCCAAAUGGACGAUCGAGGAUUUGUGAGGAGUCAUAAUGGAGGACACACAGGUUUAUCCUUUGCAGAAAUGCUUCAUUCACUAAACAUGAAGCACAUGUAAAUUCUUCUCACCCCUUACAUCUGUGGCAAUAAUCACUAACUACAGCAGAAAAUACAAACACACAUUAAUGUGAAUAUUAAUUACUGUAAAUCACAGUUCUUUUCAUUUAAUUUAACUUUAAAUUUUAGUUUUCAGCACAAAUAAAAAAAUCGAUAAUGUGAUCAUUGUUAAUAAUAACAAGUAAAAUAAUAAAAAAUUAUGUGGUAUUUUGUGAAGGUUGAAACUAUUAACAAUAUAAAUGAUUAUAUCUAGUAUUAGAAUCCUGCAAGAAUUGAACAAUAUUGAAGUUUGAGUAGUGCAGGUAAAAUCAAUGGUGUUGCUUUGAAAUGACACUAAAGGAAACAAGGAUAUCAUUUCACUAGAUUCAAUUCCUCUGUCCUUUCAAUUUUAUCCUAAGACGCGAGGAGCAGAAGUGAGGAGAGGAAAGGAGGAUGCACUAAUUCAAAUUGAGAAGCAGCAGCGAACUGCUUUUUCAGAGCAGAAGCAGAUGGGGAGAGUUUAAUUAGUGACCAAAGUCAUUUGUUUGAGGAUUUGCACAUUUUAGAGUGGCCAGCCUAAGACACAUCUGUGCAAUAAUCAUGCUGUCUAGUAGGCAUCAUUGAUACGCCAGAUCUAUAAGACGGCUGGAUUAUUAUUGAUAAGAAGAAGUACUCAUUUAGACAAACGUGGGAACAAAAUGUUUUCAUGUUUAUUUUAUUUAACCAAGCUAAUUAAACUGUCCCUUUAAACUGCUGCAGGUUAUACCUUUUAAUUCUUUCUUAAAAAACAAACAAAUAAUACCUGUCUUUUAUU